UUACAGCAUUGGAGAAAUAUGCAUUGGCAAAGAUUAAUGAAAGAAGUUCAGGCUGGAGGGAGAGCUGGGAGAGUAGGAGCGGAUGGGACUGGGUUCCAGUUAUAGUACAAGAAGAAAAUGCAGAAUAAGCUAAUCAGCAGGAGCAUUCCAGCAACUCUUUAAGGAACGCAGAAAGCCUUCCAGCUGCUCGCCUAUAUAUUGUAUACAGUCCACCGGUCGACGGUUCACCAUGAUUUCCCUAAUACUACUUGUUUGGACCAUACCAUUUGCUGCUCAUAUAUUUUUCAGCAGCCCUGUUAAAGGAGAUCCCCAUUUUCCAGGGGACACUUCUCAGCUUUUCUGCAGCUUACCAGGCCCUCCUGGUUUACCAGGAAUACCAGGUCAUCCAGGAUCUACUGGAACCAUUGGAAGAAUGGGUUUUCCAGGGAAAGAUGGGAAAGAUGGAAAAGAUGGAGACAAGGGAGAAAGGGGAGAUGAAGGCACACCUGGAAGAGUAGGGAAUCCAGGAAAACAAGGUUUUAAAGGAAAACAAGGAGCCAUUGGAAGAGCUGGCCCAAGAGGACCGAAAGGAAUUUCUGGAGAUCGAGGAAAACCAGGUGAUGUAGGGACCAAAGGACCAAAGGGGAAGAAAGGGGAUAUGGGCAUGCCAGGGCCGUGCAGUUGUGGAUCAAAGAAGGCCAAGUCAGCCUUCUCAGUGGCUGUCACGAAAAGUUACCCCAAAGAACGUUUGCCUAUUAAGUUUGACAAAGUACUUAUGAAUGAAGGAGGCCAUUACAAUGUAUCCAGCGGAAAAUAUAUAUGUAGCAUUCCCGGCAUUUACUUCUUCACUUAUGACAUCACACUGGCAAAUAAACACUUAGCUAUUGGUUUGGUACACAAUGGUCACUACAGGAUAAAAACAUUCGACGCAAAUACAGGAAACCAUGACGUUGCAUCCGGUUCUACUGUUCUUCCUUUGAAACUUGGAGAUGAAGUGUGGCUUCAGAUCUUUUAUUCUGAGCAGAAUGGACUAUUUUAUGACCCAUAUUGGACAGACAGUUUAUUUACAGGAUUCCUCAUCUAUCCUGAACAAGAGUAUAUUGAUGAUACAAAUGAUGAAACCGGCGCAAAGGAAAAAUUAGGUGCCAGUUGAGGACCGAUGGCUAUAAUGUUUUUUCACCAAACCAGCUCAUUGUGUUUGCUGAGAACUUGUACACGUACCAAAAUAUUUCAUGAAUUUGUCAGUAUGGG